CACCCACACUCCAGCAAACAUGUCUCUCGAUCCAAACUCUCUUGUCUACGUCGUAGCUCAGCUCAAGGUUGCUCCGGGCAAGCUUGACGAGGUCCUCGGCGGAUUCACCGAAAUGGCCAGCAAGGUCGAAGCUGGUGAGCCGGGCUGCUUGUCUUACCAAUACUUCUACAACGAAAAGGAUGGCGAACUCGCCGUCUUCGAGAUUUACAAGGACAUGGCUGCAGUCGAGGCACAUCGCAACUCUGAACAUUUCAAGGAGGCGACAGGCGCUCGCUCCGAGGGCCUAUUCACAGAGCCCCCCAAGUUUUCCAUCCUCCAGCGCAAGGGCGGGUUUCGACGCUUUUGAAAAGCUACAAGAUCUCGCGGAGGAUCUGAGAAAGCAUCUGAUGCGAACGUUGAGCCAUUAGCUGUCAAGAUCAUCACGAGCAAAGAGAAUGAAGAUCAUCGAAAAAAAUCAAAAGAAAAAACAUAUAACAAGGGAAAAACAGUCUUGAGAAGCUUUUACGUGGAAAUGUCACAUGCUCCGUUGUAACUCUCG